GUCAGGCCAUUUCUUGUAAAUGCCCGGAGUUAGGAGAAAAACACUUCCGGAAAGGGCUGGGCUAAUGAAGCCUCAACGCACUCAUUGGUCGAAGUGAGUCAGCGUCAUAAUUCCUCCCAGCUUUUCAUUCAUAACACCGAGCACAAUAAUAAAUCUUACAGGCAGACAUCCAUCACCAUCUCAGGAUUUAACGCACAGGGCUAAGAGCUUAUCAAACUGAACAAGGGAAGACUCCAGAACAUUCUUUUCUCCAGCAAGAUGUCAAACUCGGGAGGUCGUAGACUGAAGCAGUGGCUUGUGGAGCAGAUCCACAGCGGGCAGUACUCGGGACUGUUGUGGGAGGAUGAGAGCCGCACUAUGUUCCGAAUUCCAUGGAAACACGCAGGGAAACAGGACUACAACCAAGAAGUUGACGCAUCAAUUUUUAAGGCCUGGGCUGUGUUUAAAGGCAAGUUUAAGGAGGGGGACAAGGCUGAGCCUGCCACAUGGAAGACCAGGCUCCGCUGUGCUCUGAAUAAAAGCCCUGACUUUGAGGAGGUGGCGGAAAGAUCGCAGCUGGAUAUCUCUGAGCCCUAUAAGGUCUACCGCAUUGUGCCUGAGGAAGAGCAGAAGAAUGGCAAAAGCUCAGUGAUGACCAUGGCAAGUACCACCAGCUCUGGUGAUAUCACCGACAUGGACUGCAGCCCUGCAGCAAUAGAGGAGCUCAUUAAAGAGGAGGAAAGUAAUAUCCCGGCCAGUCCAGAGUAUUGGUCCCAAGGCAGCAUAAAUGCUUUCCCUCUACAUCAGGACCUUAUGCCCACAGGCAAUCUCAGCUCAGCGUUUUCCCAGAUGAUGGUCAGUUUCUUCUAUGGAGGAAAGCUGAUGCACACAACACCAGUUACUCAUCCUGAAGGCUGCCGGAUCUCCCCACAACAGCACCUGGGACGUGGCACUCUCUACAGUUCAGACAGCAUGCAGAGUGUUAACUUCCCUUCCGCUGAGCUCAUAGCGCAUGACCGCCAGCGCCAUGUCACACGUAAGCUCCUGGGCCACCUGGAGAGAGGUGUACUGGUCCGUGCCAACCAAGAGGGCAUUUUCAUCAAAAGGCUGUGCCAGAGCCGGGUUUUUUGGAGCGGGCUGGCAGAAGUGGGUUCACAAUACAGCCCCAUGCCUUCUAAACUGGACAGGGAUGCUGUAGUGAAGAUUUUUGAUGCUGGAAAUUUUCUUCAAGCUCUACAGCUGUACCAGGAUGGCCAGUUUCCUGCUCCUGAUCCAACAGUGACUCUGUGUUUUGGAGAGGAGCUCCAUGAUCUCAGCAAUGCCAAGAGCAAACUGAUCAUUGUGCAGAUCACUGUGGUGAACUGUCAGCACCUGCUGGAGGCAGUAAACAUGCGUCGCUCCCAGCCUUACAGCAACAACCCAAACUUGGACAUGUCUGACAAUUUGGCCAGUGAUCAGAUGGCUCGCAUCUACCAGGACUUGUGCAGCUACAGUGGCCCCCAGAGGCCAGCCUGCUACAGGGACAACAUGCCCAUCACUGCCUGAAAUGUGAGCAGCAACACACUGCAGAAGCUGUUUAGUGUGCACAAGACUAAAUACAACAUAUACAAAAUAUUAGGGGCAUUCCUUAUUUUACUGAGACACGCUGACAAGGUGAAUUCAGGUUAAAGCCAGUAGUUAGAGCCGCAGCUGAACAUUUGGAUGUUCCUAAUAUUUUUUAUAUCACUUAAGUUUAUAUUUUUUAUUCAUAUAUCACUGGCCAACUUCUUGUUUCCAACUUCUGCUUCUACUUUUAGAGGGCUAUAAGAGUUUUAUUAUCCAAAUCAAGUAGAAAACAUAGCAUAUUAUUUUCAUACAUUACAAAUAUAUCUGUAAAUACUUUUUUACUCUUGUAUUUGUGUGGCAAAGCAGAUUUUUUUAUUUUAAGAGCCAUGAUCUUUUUAAAAUGUUGUUAUUGAAUUGUUUUUGUUAGCAUAAUGAUGAUAUACAAUAAAUAGUAAAUAGUCAUAUACAACAGGGUAAGUGCUGCCAACAGCUUGUAAACUCCUAGGCAUAAUGAUGAACACCAAAUAGCUCUCAGAGGCUUUACCGAUGGUGUAGAGGUACUUUAUAAGAUGCUUUGGAUAAAAGCUUCAGCAAAAUUAAAUGUAAUGUAUCUCAAUUCUUGUUUUAUAUCAUUUUAGACGGAAUGUGGCAUUGUGUUAAAGAUAGGUUUUACUAUCACUGUUUUAUAAAGUCCUUUUUCUAGUAAAACUAUAUUUGUACUGAAA